CUCCCCUCCCCUCCCUCGCGCAGCCCAGGCAAUGGGAACAGCAUACCCGAGCAGCCAGUCAGCGGUAUCGCAAAGAGGACAGACUGAGCAAACUAAAGCCAGCUUUCACUAUUCUCGCCCGUAAGUACAAGCAAUCCCUCUCCAUCGGCACUGUACUCGAGUAUAAUCGUAUCACAGAAGGAAGCUGGAAGUGAUGACAGGUUGCAACACUAUUAGGACACUGUUAUCCACAGAAAGGACAAACAAUUCAAAAGGCCCCACAUUGACAAACCCUCUCCCUACGAGUACUUGGCAAUUCAACAAGUACGGUACUGCACAAGUACGAGUAUCCGGAAAUCUUGGCGUUUUUCGGCGGUAACCUGCGCCAAGAUUUCUGGAUACCUGUUGCAUUGCCAAGUACUCCCACCAAAGUCUGGCGGAGCAACUCGCAGCAACUGUGGUUCUCUCUCUCUCUCUCUCUCUCUCUCUCGUUCUUUUCAUCACUUAUGAUACUGUACUCCACGAAGCUACCCCGUGACUAGGUCAGCAUCACCCCCCAGAUGAGGAUUAGCGCAAUCUGGAGCCCCGGCACAUCACUCUAAAUUCUGGUUUCUGAGGCUUGUCUUGUCACGAUUCUCCAUUCUCCAAAUGCCCAGCUCACGCUUCUCCUGAUCGAUUGAUUCCCCCCAUCCUUGUCUCUCCAUAGUCCAUCUCCAUCAAUCCAAUCCCUAUUCCAGCCGGGUGAACCCUUUCUUCUCUAAUCAAAAUUAUCUCAUCCUUCUUCCCCUCCGCCCUCCUGCCUACCUUGGCCCCUCAAGUUCAAAUCUUUCUCUCACUGCGCAUCGCUCGCAUUCUUACCGGUUCCCGUGCCCUCUCUCGCUCCUGUUGUUUGUCUAGAAUGAAGCUCCCUGGGGUGUGCGGUAUUACCGACCCUAAUCGGCCGACUGGUAGGUCAAGAAUCGUCCGUCGUGUCAGGAGAUUGUCAACCAACCCUAACCCUCCAAGGGAAAGGCAACGGAGGGAAGAAAUAAGGAAAAACAGCAUUUGGCCGUGGCUUGCCACCAUCGUACCUCUCGCCAAAUUUGCCGCACCGAGGAUCACCUACUCGUACAGCUGCCAUGUGUCGAUCGAGUGGGCUGUUGUUUCCCCCAUCCAUCAUCCACCGGACAGGGCCCCUCCUCUCGCGGGUGGCCGACGAACAAACAAAACGAAGCGAGCCAAAUAUCAUCCCCGUGUGUCAGAGAGGUAGGUAGUUGGGCAAUCCAAAGGUAUUGUUCUCCGCUGGCUGUCGCUUUCGUUGUUGGGUAGCCCUUGCGCACUUUUUGCUGGCCAAGAAACUCGUGACUUUACCGGAAUUGUACUCGUACACGCCUUGUCAUACUGUGCGACCAAGGUUUGUAUCUCUUGCUCGUUCAUGUUCUUCUUGUACGGCCGGCCGCCACUCCCUCCUCUUUGCCCGCGCAUCACCAGAGUCGUAUGUCCGAAGAGGCACUCUCCAUUGAUGAGUGAGGUCACUUGCGUCGACCCCCCCUCCCUCUUACCUCCCUCGAAAUCCCCUGUGCCUGGUGCUGCGCUGGCAAGGAAUUGUCCGUGACAGCUAAAUAGCUACUCUCUGCCUGCCACCCACCCUGUAUCUCGAAUCCCUCCCAUUCGCCCCAACUAUUGAUUGACUGCCGUGUCAGUUCUGAAAGAAACCACAGCUCUCCAACAGAAAAAUCUCAUCAAGCAAACAGCCUCCCCCACCAUCCCGGUAAUGUGUAUCCUACUACUUACCACCUCCCACCCCGACUACCCUCUCAUCCUCCUCAACAACAGAGAUGUACGUUUGCUUUCUUUUUCACCACCAUAUCCGUCGUGUUAGAUGAUUCCGUACUAGCCUCCCCACUCCGUGAGGGCGUUAGCAUGCAUCCUCCAAAAUUUCACUCUUGCUGUUCCUCCCACACGUGCUCCCCGCUCACCCAGUCCUUCUAGGAGUUCCUUCAUCGUCUAACACAACCAGCCGCCUUCUGGGAGCCCCCGUAUUCCCAUAUAUUCUCUGGUCGAGAUCUCGCCCGUCCUGAACAUGGUUUGCGCAUUCUCUCCCUUCAUCCCGCCCCUCUACCCAUCCGCAGAUCGCAUGUAUCUAACCAUCCAUCACCAGGCACAUGGCUCGGAAUCACUCGCUCCGGGCGCCUAGCCGUCCUCACCAACUUCUGCGAGGAUUCGUCUGCUGCAGCCAUAAGCCAAAAGUCCCGCGGCGCGGUGGUAACAUUGUUCCUGACGUCACAUGAGGACCUCAACGGCUCUACAGAAUCAUUGCUCCACCGGCUGCUCGCAGACGGACAAAUGAAGGGCGUCGGAGGAUUCUCCCUCCUGUGCGGAACCCUGCGUCCAAGCUCAUCCAGUGGUGGUCCAAAGGCAAACUUGGAAAAACUUGCUGUGAUCUGUAACCGAACCGCUGCAGGCGACGAAGGCGUCGAAAGUGGCGCGCAUUGGAUUGCAGGUACCAAGGGUGAAACCCAUGGCCUGAGCAACUCACUAUUCGACGAUCCCUGGCCAAAAGUGGUGAUCGGCAAAAAAUUGCUCGCAGAAACCAUCGAGAGAUCGGCCGGAAAGCCUGAGAAUGAAUUACUGGAGGACUUGUUUGCUGUCCUAAGCCACGACACGAUGCCCGUCACGAGGGGGAAAAACAGUGAGGCUCAACUAGAGGCUCUGCGACACUCCAUCUUCAUCCCGACGUUCGAAACCUCUCCCGAGACCCCCGAAAAGAAUGGCCAUGUUGAACCCGUCGCCGAAGGGGCCGCCUCCGCAAGACCCGCCCGGUCGGGGGCCAAUGGGGUUAGCUCAACCGGAAGUGGCGGUGCGGAAGGCCUACUCGGUAAUGGUGAUAAAGCGGAGCACUACUGCACCACGCCAGAUGAAGAGGAACAUGGGUGGAAUCACCCCGAGAGACUAUACGGAACGCACAAGCAGACCAUCAUACUCCUCCACAAGAACGGGAAGAUAAAGUACGUUGAACGAACACUAUACGACAACGAUGCAAAGCCGGUAGACAAGAAGGAUAGAGACAUUGUAUGCGAACUUGACAUCGAAGGGUGGAGCGAUGCACCCACUACUGCUGCAUAAGUGUAAAGGGAAGACUGAUACCCCCCACCUGCCGAAAUCUGGAAGCGAUAUUCGCUUGCCGUUUUGUGUUGGUCUUUUUGAACCACUUUCACCAGGAUCCUUCCCGUAGUACCGGGUAUCCAUGUAUCAACUUCUUUCAUUUCAUUUCAUUUUCUUCUCUCUUGGGCAUAUUCUCAAUGGCAUGUACAGUACUCGAGUACAAAGCGGAUGGGGGAAAGUCUAGCGAAAUCUUGGCAGCUAAUACAGUACAAAUUCUGUGAGCACAUUCGCCAGACUUUCCCCUAUCCCCCGGUACAAUCAUCUCAUGUAUGUAGUUUACUCGAGUACGCUCGUACCGUAACACCAUACCGAUACUAUACUAGGGGUAUUCAAAGUUAAAAACAG